AUGGCAGGCUCACAGCAGUUGUUGACGAGGGAAGAUCCGUCGUAUACGGCAGUGAAUGAUGUUACCUACAUGAAGAUGCCCCCUGGAAUUAUCACCAAAAUUGGAUAUGCCUUCUUCGGCAUUAUUUGUUUGAUCAUGUCAACAUUCGAGGUUGGUCGGAGACUUCUUCUUAAGUUCCCCGAGGCUUUUACGGGUGGUAAAAUCUCACGAACGGGCCCUACGAAAGAGCAGAUGGACACCACAUUUUACAAGAUAUCUUUCAUCGGCUCUGGUUACUCUAGUGAGAAGGCUCUAGAGUCCCAUCCUCAGCGCCGAGACGUGGUCGUCAAAGGCAGCGUCACCGGACCCGACCCUGGAUAUAAUGCCACCAGUGGAAUCCUCGCCACCUUGGGAUAUGUGAUGCUAAUGGAGCGAGACAAGCUGAAUGUCAAAUGUGGUGGAGUGUACACUCCUGCGAUAGUGUUCCGAGGCACGAGUGCUGCGGCUAAGUUGACUGAGGGCAAAUUCGCCGUCUACAGCUCGAAUAUGCUGCAGUAG